UGAAGGUGAAGGAAACGUAUUCGUCCUGCCUUUUGGUUUUUGUCUUAAUGAUUUGUUGAAAUUAAGCAAUACAAAAUACAUAUUCAAGCGCCAUUCCAAUUGUCUGGGUACGUAGUGGUAGUAUUAAAGCCUAACUGAUAUUCCUCGUUCCGAAGAAUUACCUAACACAUGUACUGACCUGUUAUUAGAUUGGGGUAGAUAGGGUCAAGUGAAAUCAUUAAGCAUUUUCUUUAGAAGUAGGCGAAAUUAAAUUUGUGAUACAAUAAGACUGCUCGAGCAAUGUUACUUUAGCAUAAUUUAAAGGGUUACUGGGGAUGUUUCACCAACACUUGUUUUAAAAGACAACUGGUGUGUCUUAUCUAAAAAUGUAUAAAUUCCUAUACUGUAUAUUGCUGUUUUUACACAUAAGCAUCCUCCAUAGACGCUAAUUAUAAUCAGAAACCAUAGACGAUAUAAACUUUGAUUGCAAACAUCGUCGAUUGCCGUCUCAGGGAUUAUUACAAUUACUGAUCAAAUACUGGACAAAAACAACUAGGUGAAUUUCACCAAACUCAUUCCCACCAUCUGGAGCAGAGGCAAAUACCCCAUAAAUGUCCAAGAGAGGGCAAACUGUUUUCUCUGGUGAUGGAGGCGCUGCGAGCGGCGAGGAGUCAGCAGGGGAAAUGAUCUGGCCGCCACCGUCUUUUGAUAAAUCCCAGAAAGGUCCAUUAGUGCCACAUGGAAAGAAGAAACGCUACCACUCAGCCUCGUUCAGCCACUCUGGUACAAACGGUCUUACAAUCGAUGGAAUUCCUUCUGACUUGCAUAAAUUAACGGCUGCACUUCACAAAGUCCAGCUCUCUGGUAGUCGUUUGCCUUAUGGCAAGAAUAGCAAAAAGUCACGAGAUGGACGCAAAUUACCUAGCAAACGUGGUGGAAAGCAUGACGAUCCUACUGACGUUUUGGAUGAGAUCGAGUUGGAUCCUGAGGAUCCUGACUUUGAUUCUGAUGUGGAUGCACCUGUUACGUUUGAUGAGUUUCAGCCAACUCUGGCUGAUGAUAUAUUUGAAAAGACUUUCAUUUCAUUGAUGAACGAGUUUUUCAUACACGGCAAAACUCAGGAGGUUAUUGAUGUUCUUUCGGAUAUGAGUCUUGCGGGACAUCAACGUCGUCGACUUCCAUAUUUGGCAAUUACUCUUGCCAUUCAACAUCGACAAACACAAUGCGAGCUAACAUCAGAACUGCUGUCAGACAUGUGUGGCAAAGUCCUCAAUCAUGCUCACAUUCAACAAGGAUUCCAACUUGUUUUCAGUGAAAUUGGUGAUCUCAUCAUUGAUGUCCCCAAAGUGCCUGAGUAUAUUGGGCGUUUUAUAGCAAGAGCAGUUACAGAUGAUAUCCUCCCUCCCAAAUUUAUUGAGCUGCAGAGAAAUAUUCUAUCUCAGGUUUCACCUAGUAGCAGCCCUCUCCAAACUGAGACAGGCGAAUCGGAAAACGCUAUCACGGUCUCUACUAAAUCAAAUCAUUCCAACUCACAAAAUACAAUUCGAGUUGGUACUCGCAACUUUAGUGACAGCAGUUCUGGUGGCUCAGUAUCUGUGGACACCUCUGCUAGCAGUGGUAUUGGCUCUGCAUCAAGCUUGAUAACCGUCAAUAUGUCCCGUCCAGACCUAGCUCUUGAGGCUCUGAACAGAGCUGAAAGUAUUCUAACUCUAAGACAUGCCUAUGCUAGAUUGGAUAACAUUUGGGGUGUACCCGCUGGCCCAAAAGCUACAAAAAUGCUAGUGAAAAAAAUCAAAAGAUUAGUCAAGUCAUUCAUUGAAUCAAAUGAUAUUGACGAAGCUACUGCAGCACUGUUAGAACUAGAUGCCCCUCAUUUUCGACAUGAGCUUGUUUUCCAGUCAAUUAUAAUGGCUAUAGAAAUAAGCACAGAGGAUGCACGUGAACGUGUUAUUCGUUUACUGAAGGAAUUAUGUGCUUCAGUUGUUUUGACAAUAGACCAGUUAACUCUGGGUGUCAAACGUGUUUAUGCUGAAUUACCAGACCUACAAAUAGAUGUACCUGCUGCCUACACGUUAAUGGAAUUAUUUAUGAACGGAGCCAUUAAAGCUGGUUUCAUACCAAGAAAGUUAGCUAACGAAUUUACUACCAAACCUCGUAAACGUUUCAUCUCAGAGACUGAUUCAAUCUAUAGAACUAAUAGUUCGAAACCCUGGUGAAGGACUAAUUCAAGAGGCCAUGAAUAAACGGGGCCCGGUGAUCGCUCAUAUUGCUAAAUCCUAAAUUUAGCUUCACUGUCUGCAGCCGAAUUUUUCAUUAGUAUUAUUUCAAACAUUUCGUUCUGUCUAUUUUUCAUCAAUGUUAGUAUGUGUUAAGAUAUCUGUCAGUGGUGGUUUGUUUUUCCUAUCAGGUUUUUGUUGAAUAUGCAUUUUAGUUUAUGUAAACACUGAAUAAAUCUAUUUUUGGCUCAUUUCUGGUGUGAUGGCAACCGGUCUUACAUAUUUUUUUCUGCAUAACGUGUCGCUUACGUUCUAUUUGUUUCAUUCUAUUCUUUCAUGUCAUUUUUCCUAAUGAUGUUUCACAUUCAAAUCAUGUCAACAUUUCCUCUCUGUGCCUAAAUAUAAAAUAAUUGAAAAAAAUUUGGUUUAAUAAUUUCACACAUGCAUAUAAAUUUUACUGUAUACUAAAGUAAUGCGUGAUGAGAAUCUAGUCAAAAGGAAAAUUGUUCGCUUAUAUAUGUUGUUUUAAGCGUUUUGUUAUUUAGUAUGAAAUUGGAACACACUGAUUUAGCAAUGAUAAGGUCAGGCUUAGAGUUUUCACCAUAGGUGACAAAUUAACUGAUCUAAUUGUAUAUCCUCAUCAAUGAAAGUGAUUAAGACAUGUAUUACAUAUACUUAACCAAUAUCUACCUCAGCAGACGAUAUUUAUCGGCUUAUAAGUUGAAUUCCAUUAUUCCUCCACAUAUAUCUCUUUCUAUCUUUUCGAACCGUAUUACCAACGCUUAGUCUUUAUCAUGUUUGCUGCUACUAGGUGGUUUUUAAAUACUUCGUUAUUCAUUUUGCUGACUUCAUCUUUUCGUGCCGAUACGGUAUGGGGAGUUCAUCCAACAUAUAUGUUCCAGGUUUUACGUUGAUUAUGAUUAACUGACUAAUACCAUCUGAUUGUAGUUGUGCCUGUAUAAUAGGAUUACCAAGAUUUUUCACUUUCACUAGUUACUAAUCAAAUUAAAUAAGACAGAUUAGUUCGGCGAACUCAUUUUCAAAGCUGUACAAUCGCAAAUAUAUAUAC